UCCAUAAUCUUCCAAACUUCCUUUAUGUCUUUACCUUGCUUUGCAUUGAGUUUAAGCAGUGUAGCUUCCCACUCCUCUUUAUCUCUACCAGUUAAAAACGAACCAAACAGUCUAAUGGUCACAGGAAGAAACCCUGCAAGCUGAACAGCACGAACUGAGAGGCGUUCAAAAUCAGGAGAAGGAUAUGGCUGCUUGAAAGCAAAACGUGAGAAGAGUUGGAGAGCUUCAUCAUAUCUUAGAGAACCAACUUCAUACACAUGAUUCACUCCUGAUUGCACAAGCAAACUUUUUUCUUGAGUGAUUAGAAUGACUCUACUUCCUGGAGCAAACCAGUUGGCGUUCUCCGCGAUCCACUUUCCUUGUUCAAUGUUGUUCACACCAUCAGCUAUCAAAAGAACUUUCCGGUGUUUUUGCUUUGCUUCCGCCAUUUCAUUCAUCUCAUGAUUCACACUUCUAAGAUCUUCCCCUUCAAAGUUUUCUGACGGUAGAAGCAUUUCUUUCAUGUUUUCGACGUUUUCUAGGAAAACAUGCGCCUGAAAUUUAACAGAGAUCUCUGCAUAAGUGUACCUUGCAAGUGUUGUCUUUCCCACACCUGAACUACCCCAAAUACCAAUGGUACGAACCUUUUCGUCAGAUUCUAAAGCCAACAACGCAUACAAUGCUUUCAUGUGACGGUCCAUUCCUGCAAGGCCUUUGAAAUCGCUUGAUGCAGAGGACAGAAACAUAAGCCUAAUGUCAUCAGCAAUCUGCUUGAUCCGGUGUGUUCCGUGCAUCACCGCAAGAUUCCGAGAAAACGAGUACUGUGCAGCUAUGUUGUCCAGUUUGGCAAUUGCAGUCCUCCAAAUUUUGGCUCUCUCAGGAAAUAUUUGAGAGACUUUUUCCACAUCCAAAGGGUGUUUUGUGAGGAAGACUGGUAUGACAGUGAGUGAACGUUUCUCUUGAAACUCAAUUAUUACAAUGAGCUCUUCAAGGAACCCAACUGAAGAAACUUCUUCAUCAGACGUCAUGACAACUGCAACUUUGGACUCUGUCAAAGCCUCAAGCGUUCGUAGAUCAAUUGGUUUGAAGCUACUCUCCUUCCAGCUUUCGGAUUUAAAAGCUUUGAUACCAUUUCGUGACAAAUCAUAACCAAAAUCAACGUCAAGAGCUAUCUUACCGCUGAAACUCAAGAACACAUCCAACUCUCUUCCAGCCAACAAAAAAGAAUAAGAAGUAGACAUUCACUUUUUUGUUUUAGCAGCAACUAAAUAAACAAAGAUUACAAAGUAUAUUUCUUUUUUUUUUUGUGUCAGUGUGUGUGUGCAUUCUAUACCAUUUGAAGGAAAUGAAGAUAAGGUACCAGGCCAUUUAGCGUUGACUUGUCACUGUAAAGCUGUAAAGUCCGUCAACCACUAGAUUUAAAUGAGCACAAAAGUUCCACAUUUUCCUACUUGUGCAAUUUCCCCGAAAAGAAAAGAAGAUGAUGUUGUUCAACAAGUCGUCCUUAAUGCAUAAAACUCCAGAGAACAAACCUUUUAGACGACCUUGAUUGAUUUUUCAACAAUGGUGUCCUCCUCUGCACCUCGUGUAUCGAAGUACGACGUCUUCCUCAGCUUCCGUGGAGAAGACACCCGCAAAACCAUCGUCAGUCAUUUAUAUGCAGCACUUGAUAGCAGAGGCAUUGUUACUUUCAAAGAUGACCAAAGGCUUGAGAUAGGCGAUCACAUUUCCGAUGAACUCCACAGAGCACUAGGGAGUUCGAGUUUCGCUGUUGUUGUUCUCUCCGAGAACUACGCUACUUCGAGAUGGUGCUUAUUGGAACUUCAACUGAUAAUGGAGCUUAUGAAGGAGGGAAGACUUGAAGUCUUUCCCAUCUUCUAUGGAGUAGAUCCUUCCGUGGUGAGGCAUCAGCUAGGAAGUUUCUCUUUAGUAAAGUACCAAGGUCUUGAAAUGGUGGAUAAGGUUCUCAGGUGGAGAGAAGCUCUUAACCUAAUCGCCAAUCUUUCAGGCGUGGUUUCAAGCCACUGUGUUGAUGAGGCUAUAAUGGUUGGAGAAAUUGCUAGAGAUAUUUCAAGACGUGUGACAUUGAUGCAUAAAAUAGACUCUGGAAAUAUUGUUGGGAUGAAAGCUCACAUGGAAGGUCUUAAUCAUCUCUUGGAUCAGGAAUCCAAUGAGGUUCUCCUGGUAGGAAUCUGGGGAAUGGGAGGAAUUGGGAAAACCUCCAUUGUUAAGUGUCUCUAUGACCAGCUCUCACCUAAAUUUCCAGCUCAUUGUUUCAUAGAAAACAUUAAGAGUGUUAGUAAAGACAAUGGCCAUGAUCUAAAGCAUUUGCAAAAAGAAUUGCUCUCCAGUAUCCUCUGUGAUGAUAUUAGGUUAUGGAGCGUGGAAGCUGGAUGCCAAGAGAUAAAAAAGAGACUUGGGAAUCAAAAGGUUUUUCUUGUGCUUGAUGGUGUGGAUAAAGUGGCGCAGGUGCAUGCUUUGGCAAAAGAGAAAAACUGGUUUGGUCCUGGGAGCCGAAUUAUCAUAACCACUCGAGAUAUGGGCUUGCUCAAUACCUGUGGAGUAGAAGUCGUUUAUGAGGUUAAGUGCUUGGAUGAUAAGGAUGCCCUCCAGAUGUUUAAACAGAUUGCUUUUGAAGGAGGACUUCCUCCUUGUGAGGGUUUUGACCAACUCUCAAUCCGAGCUUCUAAGCUUGCUCACGGGCUUCCUUCUGCCAUUCAAGCCUAUGCAUUAUUUCUCCGUGGAAGGACAGCGAGUCCUGAGGAGUGGGAAGAAGCACUGGGUGCACUUGAAAGCAGUCUUGACGAGAAUAUAAUGGAAAUCUUGAAAAUUAGCUACGAGGGCUUACCAAAACCACAUCAGAAUGUAUUCCUUCAUGUUGUCUGUCUCUUCAAUGGAGACACUCUCCAGCGAAUCACUUCCCUUCUUCAUGGCCCCAUACCUCAGAGCAGCCUGUGGAUAAGAGUUUUAGCAGAGAAAUCUCUCAUCAAAAUAUCAACUAAUGGAUCUGUUAUCAUGCACAAGUUGGUCGAACAAAUGGGAAGAGAAAUUAUCCGCGACGACAUGUCUUUGGCUCGAAAGUUCCUCAGGGAUCCUAUGGAAAUUCGCGUUGCCCUGGCUUUCAGAGACGGAGGAGAACAAACUGAAUGCAUGUGCCUACACACGUGUGAUAUGACCUGUGUGUUAUCCAUGGAGGCCAGUGUUGUUGGCCGUAUGCAUAAUCUCAAGUUUCUCAAGGUUUACAAGCAUGUAGAUUACAGAGAGUCGAAUCUGCAACUCAUUCCAGACCAACCGUUCCUGCCUCGUAGCCUACGGCUAUUCCAUUGGGAUGCAUUUCCAUUGAGAGCCCUGCCUUCCGGUUCUGAUCCAUGUUUUCUUGUUGAACUCAAUCUGCGUCACAGUGAUUUAGAAACUCUCUGGAGUGGAACACCGAUGUUGAAGAGUUUGAAGAGACUAGAUGUGACGGGAUCUAAGCAUCUCAAGCAACUUCCAGAUCUUUCAAGUAUCACGAGUCUUGAGGAAUUGCUUCUGGAACAAUGCACGAGACUGGAGGGCAUUCCAGAGUGUAUUGGAAAAAGGUCUACCUUAAAGAAGCUUAAGCUAUCCUACCGUGGAGGGCGUAGAAGUGCCCUGCGGUUUUUUCUACGAAAAUCUACAAGGCAGCAACAUAUUGGAUUGGAGUUCCCAGACGCAAAAGUGAAAAUGGAUGCACUUAUAAACAUAUCGAUUGGGGGAGACAUUACUUUUGAGUUUCGUUCAAAAUUUAGAGGAUAUGCUGAAUACGUCUCUUUUAAUUCUGAGCAACAGAUACCCAUUAUAUCGGCGAUGAGUCUGCAACAAGCACCUUGGGUCAUCUCAGAGUGCAACAGAUUCAAUUCCCUCCGCAUCAUGAGGUUCAGCCACAAAGAAAACGGUGAAUCUUUCUCCUUUGACGUCUUUCCAGAUUUUCCCGACCUGAAAGAGCUAAAACUAGUGAACUUAAACAUCAGGAAAAUCCCAUCUGGGAUUUGUCACCUGGAUUUACUAGAGAAGCUGGACCUCAGCGGAAAUGAUUUUGAGAACUUACCAGAAGCUAUGAGUAGCCUUUCCCGGUUAAAAACUCUCUGGCUUCAAAACUGCUUUAAGCUCCAGGAGUUGCCAAAGCUAACUCAGGUGCAGACACUUACACUUACCAACUGUAGGAACCUUAGAUCAUUGGCGAAACUAUCUAACACAAGUCAAGAUGAGGGAAGAUACUGUUUGCUUGAGCUUUGCCUUGAAAAUUGCAAGAGUGUUGAAUCAUUGUCAGAUCAGCUUAGUCAUUUCACCAAGUUGACAUGUUUAGAUCUCAGCAACCAUGAUUUUGAGACAUUGCCAUCAAGCAUCAGAGAUCUUACCUCAUUGGUAACACUUUGCCUCAAUAACUGCAAGAAACUCAAAUCGGUGGAAAAACUUCCCUUGUCUCUCCAAUUUCUCGAUGCACACGGCUGUGAUUCUCUCGAAGCUGGUUCUGCAGAACAUUUUGAGGACAUACCAAACAAGGAGGCACAUACACGAAAUGACUACUUCCAAGAAACUGAGAUGUCGAGUUAUGUACUGAAAACUCAAGCCACAAGAAAUCGCCAAACCAUCCGCCUUCCCAAGAUCACACAUGCGGUUAUGUAUGUAGGCAUCCCUAUCUGCAUCACGCUAGUGGCUGCUCUUGUGAUUUUACUCCUGCGUGUUUUCAAGUGAAACUCAAGACUCAGCAACAGCUUCCUCAAGACUUAAACUGUGUGCUUUCUUCUGUAAUUUACCAGGUAGUAACAAACUUACUACAUUUCA